AUGUCUACAAUAUUGGUCACCACAGGUGCCACUGUCACAUUUAGACAGUUGAUUGAAACAGUGGUUUGUUCCAAAUUUAUUAACUCUUUGAUAGAUUUGGGAGUAUCGAGGCUAUUCAUACAAUACGGCAACGAAGUAAAGGGAUCACAACAUAUAAGUCGUCAAUUCUUUCAAAAUCAAUUAAAAAAGAGCAAGAUCGUGGAGGAGUUUGGGUUCACAGUGGAAAGCAAUGCUACUACAGACACAAUGAGGAUAACGGGGACUGGUCUUGAAGUAACUGCAUUCCCAUUCUCACCUCAAAUACAAGACUACAUUCAACAAGCUGACAUUGUUAUAUCUCACGCAGGAACUGGCUCGAUUAUUGACACAUUGCGCAGUCAAAAGAAGUUGAUAGUUGUGGUGAAUGACCAGUUGAUGGAUAAUCACCAGGAAGAAAUUGCCGACGAGUUUGUUAAAUUGAAGUAUUGCGUAAAAUACAAUUUCAAUGAUGAUUUUGCCAGAGCUCUAACGGCAGUGCUAAAGCAGGAAUUUGAAAAGUUUCAAGAAAAUGAUGGCAGCAUUUUGCAGAGCAUAAUUGCAGAGGAAUUGGGGUGA